AUGAACCUCUUCGUUGCCUACAAUUCAAUUCUUGUAACUUUCACCACCGUUUAUUUCUUCUUCUUCUUUCUCCAUCACUUUCUUAAAUCCAAAUCUCCAUUUAUGAACACAAUCCCCUUCAUAAUCAUUACCAAGUUCAAUACACUCUCAACAAGCUUAUUUCCUUCGAAAAAGGAUGAAGACGGAGCAGACGAGAGCAGAAGAAGUUUCAUUACAGCAAGUGAUGCUUUGGUGGUGAUGAGGAGGCUUGGAUUGUGGAGAGGAGAUGAAUACUGCGAGGAUGCCGGAGUUUUUGAAGGAGCUUAUAGGUUGCUGGAGGAGAAGGAGGCGAGCUUGGAGGAGUUGGAGGAAGCUUUUGCUGUGUUUGAUGAGGAUGGUGAUGGAGUUAUAAGUGCUAAUGAGCUUAGAAUUGUGUUGAAGAGAUUGGGGUUUAGAGAAGGGAUUGGAUUGGAGGAGUGUAGAGGAAUGAUUCGCAACUUUGACUUGGAUGGAGAUGGAAGGAUUGGAUUCAAGGAGUUCAAAAGCUUACUUGAACAAGCUUCUUAA